AUGGAUUUCUCAUCUUCAAACGCACCUGUUUCUCGAGAAACAUGGGCACCCAGAUCCCCUUCGCCACCUCCUAGAGCAUCUUACUCUACCGAUACAUACGCUGAGAGAGCGCCACCUUCUGGUCCUAGAGGAGGCGAUGCACCUCGUCCUCCACCAAGCAACGGAGGUUCAAACGGUGGAGGUGAUUAUGAGAGGGGAGGCAGGGAAGGAAACGGGUGA